AUGUGCGGACCUCGAUCUCCUAAGGCACCCUGUUGGGCCCGGGGCUGCCGGGUACCAGGCACAGGGCUCCUCUUGCUCACCUACCUGGCUUACUUGGUGAUGGGCACCGGUGUGUUCUGGGCACUGGAAGGUCCUGCGGCCCGAAACUCCAGCCGCAUCUUCCAACGCGACAAGUGGAUGCUACUACAGAACUUCACAUGUCUGGACGGCCCAUCGCUGGACCUGCUGAUACGGGGCAUCAUCCAAGCAUACAAAGAUGGGACCCACCUCCUGGACAAUACCACCAGCAUGGGGCGCUGGGAGUUUGUGGGCUCUUUCUUCUUUUCUGUGUCCACCAUCACCACCAUCGGCUACGGCAACCUGAGCCCAGAGACCAUGGCUGCCCGUCUCUUCUGCAUAUUCUUUGCUCUCGUGGGGAUCCCGCUCAACCUGGUGGUGCUCAACCGGCUGGGCCAUCUAAUGCAGCGAGGGGUGCACCGAUGUGUCCAACGGCUGGGGGGCAGCUGGCAGAUGAGACUGCAGGAUCCUGGAUGAGACCCCGCGCUGGCUCCGUGGCUGGCGGGCUCGGCGGUGCUGCUCUCCGGCCUCCUGCUCUUUCUGUUACUCCCUCCACUUCUCUUCUCCCACAUGGAAGGCUGGAGUUAUGUGGAGAGCUUCUACUUCGCCUUCAUCACACUCAGCACCGUGGGCUUCGGCGACUACGUGAUCGGGAUGGACCCCUCUCGAAACUACCCAAUCUGGUACAAGAACGUCGUCUCCCUAUGGAUCCUCUUUGGGAUGGCCUGGCUGGCCCUGAUCAUCAAAAUCAUCCUGUCCCAGCUGGAGACGCCAGGGAACAUGUGCACCUGCUGCUCCAAGGGCGACAUCAAGUGCCGAAGCCAGAGGCAGGGCCAGGAAGGGGACCACAGCGUCCAGUCACCAGUCACCACAUCUGGAACCUUCCACUCAGGUUAUGCGACAUGA